AAAAAUUACAAAAUUCUCACUAAUAAUACAACUCGAUUACGAACUAUCGUUAUAUGAAGCAUUUUAUUUUUACCGUCUUAACCUCUUUAAGCCAUUAUAUUUACCGAACGAAAGAACUAUUUUUUCUUUGUCAUCACAGCUGACAUUGACCAUCAAGAAAUUUGUUGACAAAGAGAACGGAGAUAAAGUAUAAGGAGUAAAAUGAAUAUGAAAUUACCUGCCUACCUCCAAGACGAGGUUGAGAACCUAGUCCCAUUCGGAAAUGAGGACUUGGACUUUUCCGAGUUUGAGUGGAUGGCUGACCAAGAGCUGGAGGAGUUUGAUAGACAGGUAGAGGAAGAAUACUGGGAGGGAGAGUUCAUUGAGGCGUGUUUUGAGGAGAUGCUACAAGAGGAAGAAGAGAGAGAAAUGAUAUUCUUUUCCUCAUCAUAUCCUGACCACCCCCAUUCAACAAUGGAUAGUCACAACAAGGUUUUCUCCAGCAAGUUGAAUCCUGAUGCACCAGAAUUCGUCCCAACUACCCACAAGAAAGGCAAAGCAUAGCCCUCAAGUCUCGUGUAGAACUAUUAUAUUAUUCAAACUUGGGUCGCAUUUAACUGCAUAGAGCCCUGCUUGUCUUUCAUGGAGAGAAAAAAUUUACAAAAAAAUGACAAUACUCCAAACAUUCUUGUAUACUUGGGAGAAUGGCGAUAGCUAGUGGUGAUUUUUGUAUUGUGCACAUUUCCUAUGACAUGUUUUUAUGUUUACAUUUCUCCAUUUGAAGGACAGUGUCUGCUCACUUUAGUUUAUCACAAUUAUGAAUAUAUUUUCCUCCCAUUGUUUUAAAAGUGCUUUAGUUUAAUGGUGCAUCAGCAUGAGGAAUAUGUUAUAGGGCUCGAGAUGUUUUAUAAGUGUGUGAUUGUGUAUACUUGAAAGUGUUUUAAACACAUUAAGUUUUUCAUUUACAUCAUCAAGUGCUAAAUAUUACCUCCUUUUUUUUUCUUCGACACAAUUCAAGUAGGGCACAGACCAUUUUUCUUUGUUAUAUCAACUUUCAAGGGGGAAGUGUUUAUUAUAAGGUACAUGUACAUGCUGAUUAUUAUUUUUUAUCUUGAUUGUAAGGAAAAUGAAUUGGUAAUCUCUUUAAAAUCUAAGUGUUCAGAAAAUAUGAAAUUGAGACGGUUUUACAAUACUUUUCCAUAUACCCGUAAUUUAAUUUUUUUUCAAAUGUUUCAAGAAGUUGCAACAUUAGUUUGAUAUUUGUGACACCCCAUCCUUUUUAAGAUAUUUCACAUAUGUAUAAUAAUUAUUGCAACUUUAGUUUGAUUUCUGGGACACCCCGUGCUUUUAAAGAUAUUUUUCACAUAUGUAUAAAAGGAGCAUUGCAUGAUGAUCGUGUUAAGCAUUUGACAGUGAGUUGAGUAUAGUCAGUUAAAACGUCUGUUGUUUGCAAAUGAUAGAUGUACCAGAAAUAUGUGUAUGAGCAAACAACUAUUUCAUUGUGUUGGACCUGUUUUUAAUUGAAUGAUUGCAUUAUACGAUAUAAGACGUUUUGCUCAUGGCUGUGUACAAGUAUUUAAUGUGUUUUGUGUUUAUAUAUUUUUUUUUGUGUUCGCCAUCUUUUUCUUUGUGUUUACAAAAAUCACAUGGUGCCAAGUGCCAGGAUGUUUAUAGAAAUAAAUUUUUUGAAGCAAAAUGAA